AUGUCUGUUCCUAACUUCGGAGAUAUCGCCAAGUCGUCCAACGACCUCCUGAACAAGGACUUCUACCACCUCUCUGCCACCACCUUCGAGCUCAAGAGCAACACCCCCAACAACGUUGCCUUCAAGGUCACCGGCAAGACCUCCCACGAGAAGAGCACCAACGGAGCUAUCGAGGGCAAAUACUCCGACAAGGCUACCGGCCUCACCCUUACCCAGACAUGGAACACCGCCGCCGCUCUUGACACCAAGGUCGAGCUCGCUGACAGCCUCGCCAAGGGCCUGAAGGCUGAGGGUGUCUUCUCCUUCCUCCCCUCUGCCGCCGCCGAGAAGCCCGCCAACAAGGGUGCCAAGUUCAACCUUACCUUCAAGCAGUCCAACUUCCACUCCCGUGCCUUCUUCGACCUCCUCAAGGGCCCCAAGGCCAACAUCGACGCUGUCGUCGGCCACGAGGGCUUCCUGGCUGGUGCCUCUGCCGGCUACGACGUCAACAAGGCCACCGUCACCGGCUACGCCGCUGCCGUCGGCUACCAGGCCCCCUCUUACUCCGCUGCGAUCACUGCCAGCGACAACCUGAGCGUUUUCGCCGCUUCUUACUACCACAAGGUCAACAGCCAGGUUGAGGCUGGUGCCAAGGCUACCUGGAACUCCAAGGCCGGCAACAACGUCGGUCUCGAGGUUGCCUCCAAGUACCGCAUCGACCCCGUCUCUUUCGCCAAGUUCAAGGUCAACAACAACGGUGUUGCCGCCCUUGCCUACAACGUCCUCCUCCGCGAGGGUGUUACCCUGGGUCUUGGUGCCUCCUUUGAUACCCAGAAGCUCGACCAGGCUACCCACAAGCUCGGCGCCAGCUUCACCUUCGAGGGCUAA